AUGGAGAAGAUGAUUGUCAAGGUCAAAGUUUGUGGAAUGGGAACAGAGAUAUUGAUAAGACAGAACAAAAAAUUUGAAGGUCAAGGUUGAAAUCAUGAAAUAGACAGUAAAUAUAUACUCGGUUUGAGCUCAUGGCCCAUCAACUUUAGUUUGCUUCUUCUUGAGGAACAGUUGUCAGCAAGCACUACCAUGGUUCUUGUGGAGGAAAUAGAAAUAAACAUUGCCAAUCAGAACGUGAACAAUGACUUUCCUAGGUUACUGGAAACACAGACGGAGGCGAAUAUUCCUACGCAACCUUGUGUGACAACAAACCCUAAUGCGAUCUGGGAGAUUGAGGAAAUUGUGGGCGUUGUGGUAACAGCCAUAUUGGUGCCGUUCAUUCUUGGAAGCAACUUUUUGGUAAUCCUUGCAGUCAGUAAAUUCAAACGGCUUCAGAUUCCAACGAACUAUUUCCUUGUGUCUUUGGCUGCUGCAGACAUCUUUAUAGCACUCGUCAUACCCUUUGUGAUUAGUGUGGACAUCUUGAAAAACAACAUAUCCGACAUCUUCUUGUGUUUGUCACCAAAUCGCAUUUUGAUGAUGGCAUGUGGGGUGUCCAUUUUGACCUUGGCAGCCAUUGCAUAUGACCGCUACACAGCCCUUGUAAACCCUCUUGAGUAUGUGAGUGUUAUGACUGUGAAGAAGAUUUCAAUUCUAGUGUCCUUAUCUUGGAUCUAUUCAGCUGCAAUUGCUUGGCUGCCAUUGUUUAGCCAUUGGCAUGAAGACAUAGAUAUCGACAAUGAACCUUGCUCAUUUCGACUGCUUCACAGUAAUGCGCAUGUGCUUUUUCUCAGUGCGGUAUUUGCCCCAGCAUGCCUUGCAAUAUUCUUUUGCUAUUUUAGGAUAUAUAUUGUGGCCCGCCAUCAUGCCCCUAUCGCAGCAGUGGAAUCUUCUGUCCGACACAAUAUACAAAUGAGAUAUAUCAUGAAAGAUACCAAAUAUGCCAAAACUCUGGCAUUAGUGAUGGGAGUGUUUCUUUUUCUUUGGCUGCCAUAUUUGACUUGUUUACUCAGUGAAGUUAUUGCAAAUGUGUUUGUUAAUGACUGGAUCAGAAAUUAUUUAUCGUUUUUAGCAUUUCUGAACAGUGGUGUCAAUCCAUGGGUGUAUGCCUUUAAAAACAAUGAAUUUAAAGCAGCCUUCAAGAGAAUAUUCAAGGAACAUUGUGGAAAAUUCAGCAUGUGUCGGUCCCGCGAUCCCCGCCGGCCGAGCGUGAUAUCAGACACCAGUGUGUUCCCUGCGUCAAGCAGUACUGUACGACUCAGUCGGACAAACAGUCGUAUCGCAUCAUCAGAAGUGCUUCAAACUGUUGCCAAACUUGGUGAAGUCACAAACAUUGAAGUUGACAGUCACUUUGGUACAGUGUCAAAGCUGAACAAAGGGUUCAUCCCGGAUCUGCUCAAAAAUCACAUCUCAGGGCCUCAUACCAAAAUAGACGAGUGUCCCGAAGAUGUGUUUACAGAGGUUGUGACGGAGUCAGGUCUCGACAGUGGGGUUGAUGUAGACGACUCAAGGGAAGAUAACAGUAUUGAUGAUAGCACUGAAAAGUAUUGAACAGUGUCGCCAUGAUUGCUCAAUGACAUGGAAAUACAACUGACAGUUAGAAAGAAGAGAAUCUUUCACACAAACAUGAGAAAUCUGAAGGACUCUUCCUCAGGCAUAAGAAGAACACAUGACAAUCAGAUGUGAUUUUUGAACAACUAGUUCGACUUGAUAAUGACUGUUGCAGUCGACAGCUCAAAAGAUGACAACAGAUAUGCACAUUAUAACACUGACUUGUUAAAAUGCUCUUUGUGAUUGUGAGACUGUUUGAUGCUGGGAGUCUGAAUCUCAUUGACAAAUUGACAAAACUGUGGACUUCAUAGCCAUUUCUGAACAACAAGGUUCUGUGACCGAGUCAGGAGCUGUAUCAGGUG